UACGGAUGUCUGUGCUGGCUGUCUCUGGACCUUGUCGGUGGAAGAACCACAGAGUGGUUUCUUCUCUGUGGAGCGUAGCAAGACAACUCGCUGUCAGCUCUAGAACUAGGAGUGCAACAUCGGACAGGGACGAUGGUCCUGAACACAGUGAGUACAUUCAGCAAAGUGUUAUUCCUAUGUUUCACUUUGAGAAAAGUCUUCCUCGACUGCCCAUUCCGAAGCUAGAGGACACGUGUGCUCGGUAUCUCACUGCGUUGAAACCACUAGUGAGCGUUGAGCAGCUGACUGCAACACGAGACAUAGUUGAAAGUUUUCGAGAUGGUGCUGGAAAAGCACUGCAUCAACAGCUGGUGGAUAAGGACAAGGCAAACAGACACACAAGUUACAUAUCAGAGGCAUGGUACAAUAUGUAUCUUGGAGGAAGAAUUCCUAUACUUCUCAACCAUAAUCCAUUCAUGCUGUUUUCGGAUCCACAACCCAUUCACACGAAUCAGGUUGUAAGAACAGCAGUUCUGCUUCGCUCUGCUUUGCGAAUGAUGAAAUCACUUCAAGCAGAAGUUCUUGAACCAGACAUCUUCUACCUUAAACCGGAGAAUGAGACUCCAUUUUUGAAGCGAGUGUUAAGUUUGACACCAUCGUCAUUGUCCUGGUACGCGGCUUAUGCAGCGAGUGCAUUUCCAUUAGACAUGAGUCAGUACGGUCGUCUGUUUUGUACAACACGUAUUCCACGGCCUGUAAAAGAUGAACUGGUUACCGACUCGAAAGCUAGACACAUUGCAGUUUUAAGAAAUGGCCACUAUUAUGUGUUCGAUGUCAUUAGUACGGAUGGUCGUAUUGCAUCUACAUCCGAAAUAUACCAACAAUUGUCCGAAAUUGCUUCUGACACGUCACCUGCUGCAGAACAUCCAGUUGCGAUUCUGACAUCUGAAGACAGAGACACGUGGGCCGUAGCUCGUGAUGAGUUGGCUGUCUUCAAUGCCGAUGUUCUCAAGCUUAUAGACUCUUCCAUUUUUCUUGUUUGUCUCGAUAAUGAUGAUCCAUCGACUCCAGAGUCUUUAGCUCACAGUCUGUUACAUGGAGACGGAUCUAACAGAUGGUUGGACAAGUCUUUCUCACUGAUUGUGAACAAAGGAGGAAAAGCAGCUAUUAAUUUUGAACACAGUUGGGGUGAUGGUAUUUGUAUCCUUCGUUUCAUGAACGAAGUACACGAUGACAAUAUGAAAUCAACUUGGACUCCAGACAAAGAUUAUGAAAGGGUAAAGACAAUGAGUCCGGUCAACAAACUGAAAUUUAAUCUUGAUGUCAACAACAUCAGAGCAAUCGAAAUUGCUCAAGAGAAGUUUCAGAAGGCCGUAGAUUUGCUGACGUUUCACCCUCUGGUGUACAGAACGUAUGGGAGAGAUUUCAUCAAGUCUCGAAAUCUUGCACCGGAUGCAAUCAUGCAACUAUCAUUUCAGAUGGCUUUCUAUGAUCAGUAUGGUUUUUCACCAUCGACGUAUGAAUCAUGCAGCACUGGAGCGUUCAAACACGGACGGACAGAAACGGUUCGAUCUGCGAGCUCAGAGACUGCCGAGUUUGCAAAGGCUUUUGUGCAAGAAAACAAACCGUCGAGAGACGACCUGCAGAAACUGUUACAGUCAGUCAGUGCUAAGCACAACAAGCUAACACGAGAAGCAGCACUGGGCCAGGGAUUUGAUCGCCACUUGUUUGCUCUCAGACAUCUUGCUGCUGCAAAGGGAGAGUCUCAUGCUAUAUUUGAAGAUAAGUCGUAUGGGUUAAUGAAUCACAUUAUUUUGUCUACCAGCACCUUGCCUCAAAAUCGUGCUAUUCAGUUUGGUGCCUUUGCUCCUGUGACACCAAAUGGCUUCGGUGUGGGCUACCGAGUUAACCCCGAUCAUCUAGGUUGUGUAGUGUCUGCCUAUCCAACUAGGGAUGGUAGUGCAUUUGUGACUCGCAUAGAGCGUAGCUUGGACUUUAUACAUGAUGCACUUAAGUAGCGACCACUUGGAAAAAUGCUUUGUCACUUGUAGCUUGAAAUGAAACAGUUUUGAUUCUUCAGCUAUUUUGUACUCGACGUUAUGGUGCCGUCUUUCUGUGUUCAGUUUGAUCGUGUAAAGC